CUUGGCUGUGCAGUACAGUCAUCUCAUCAUCAUCAGUACUGCACAGCUAAUUCAUCAUCUUCAUCAUUCAAGUUGUACUUCACUGAGAGAGAAGCUAUCAUUUACUGUAAUCUCUAGAUGGAUGUGAAAGAGGAGACGUGUGAGGCUGACAUGAACAUCAUGAAGAUAGAGAUGUCAAAUAUUAAGGAGGACCACUGUGAAUGGGAGCCUGCCCACCCUAAACAAGGUAAUCUCCACAUUAAGGAAGAAGACUGUAAACUGGAGUUGGUGGACAUUAAAGAAGAAAUUGAAGAGAAGUUUAUCAGCAUUGAGACACACAAACAUAAAAGUGCGGAGAGUGUCCAGGAAAACGACCUUCAUUACAGGUGUCAAGAUGGAGCAGCGAUGGGGUUGGUAUCUCCUCAGAGCACACACUGCUCCUCUGCAGGGCUUUCUAUCCACGUGAAGUCUGAAUCAUUACAGUCUGACACAAGGAGGAUCGAGGAGAUAUCAUCUGUUAGAACUCUGGAAGAUCAGCCACCAUCUACAAGAGACGAACCUCACUGCUGUUCUGAAUGUGGCAAAGAAUUUUUUGAUGGGAAUAGUCUGAUGAAACAUUUAAGAGUUCACACAGGACAGAAGCUGUAUUGUUGUUCAGAAUGUGGAAAACAAUUCACAAGAAUUAGCAAUCUACAUAGACACAGAAAAAUCCACACGGGAGAGAAGCCUUAUUGUUGUAAUGAGUGUGGCAGACAAUUUGGUGACAAGAGUACACUUCAGAGACACAGUAGAAUCCACACUGGUGAGAAGCCGCUUUUCUGCUCUGAUUGUGGCAAGCAGUUCUUUGACAGAAUGAAUCUUCAGAGCCAUGCAAAACUUCACACAGGAGAAAAACCGUUCUACUGUUAUGAAUGUGGCAAAGAAUUUUUUGACAGGAAUAGUCUGCGGCAACAUUUAACAGUUCACACAGGAGAGAAGCUGUAUUGUUGUUCAGAAUGUGGAAGACAGUUCAUAAGAAUUAGCAGUCUUCAUAGACACAAAAAAAAUCACACGGGAGAGAAGCCAUAUUCCUGUUUAGAAUGUGGGAAACGAUUCACAGUAAUCAGUAGUCUUCAUCGACACAGAAAAAUUCACACGGGAGAGAAGCCGUUUUGUUGUAAUCAAUGUGGCAAACAAUUUGGUGAGAAGAACAGUCUUCAGAUACACAUGGUAGUCCACACUGCAAAGAAACCAUAUUGCUGUUUGGAAUGUGGCAAACAAUUCUCACGAACCAACAGUCUUAAGCGCCACAUAAGAACUCACACUGGAGAGAAACCAUAUUGCUGCUCAGUAUGUGACAAACAAUUUACAAACAUCGCCAGUCUUCAUAGACACAGAAAAUUUCAUACGGGAGAGAAGCCAUAUUGUUGUUCAGAAUGUGGAAAACAAUUUGCUGUAAUCGGCGGUCUUCAUCGACACAGAAAAAUUCACACGGGAGAGAAGCCGUAUUGCUGUAAUAAAUGUGGCAAAGAAUUUGUUGACAAGAGUACUCUUAAGAAACACACUGCAAUCCAUACUGCAGAAAAGCCAUAUUGCUGUUUGGAAUGUGGCAAACGAUUCCCAUAUACCAACAGUCUUAAGGUCCACAUAAGAAUUCACACUGGGGAGAAGCCAUAUUACUGCUCAGUAUGUAACAAACAAUUCAGAACAAUCAGCCAGCUUCGUAGACACAGAAAAACUCACACAGGUGAGAAGCCAUAUUCUUGUUCUGAUUGUGGAAAACAAUUCUCAGAAAGCUCUUAUCUUCAUAGACACAGAACAGUCCACACAGGAGAGAAGCCGUAUUGUUGUUCAGAAUGUGAAAGACAAUUCAGAACACUCCGCAGUCUUCAGAGACACACAAAAAAUCACACGGGAGAGAAGCCUUAUUCUUGUUCUGAAUGUGGCAAACAAUUCUCAGAAAUUACUUAUCUUCAUAGACACAAAAAAAUCCACUCUGAAGAGAAGCCGUACUGCUGUAAUGAAUGUGGUAAACAAUAUGGUUACAAGAGUGCACUUCAGAAACAUACUACAACCCACACCAGAGAGAAGUCAUAUUGCUGUUUAGAAUGUGGGAAGCAGUUUUCACAAACUAGCAGUCAUGAUGACCAUAUAAAAACUCUCACUGGAGAGAAGCCACAUUUCUGCUCUGAUUGUGGCAAGCAGUACAGUGACGGAAUGGACCUUCAAAGCCAGGCAACCGUUCACACAGGAGAAAAGCCGAGAAAAGAAAUUUGUGAUGAGAGUAGUCUUCAGAAACAUACUGCAAAGAAGCCAUAUUGCUGUUUGGAAUGUGGCAAACGAUUCUCACAAAACAACAGUCUUAAGUACCACAUAAGAACUCAUACUGGAGAGAAACCAUAUUGCUGCUCGGUAUGUGACAAAAGAUUCUUUGACAAGAGUUCUCUUCUGAGGCACAUUACAGUUCACACAGGAGAGAAGCCAUAUUGUUGUUCUCAAUGUGGCAAACACUUUUCGACGAUCUGCAAUCUACGCAAACACAGAAAAAUUCACAUGGGCGAUAAACCAUACUGCUGUUCUGAAUGUGGGAAACGGUUUGCACAAAGACCUACUCUAGUGAACCACAAAGAAAUUCAUAAAGGAAAGAAGCCAUUUUCAUGUUCUGAAUGUGGAAAACAAUUCCUGCGAAUUUCUACUUUACAGAGGCACACAAGAACUCAUACGGGAGAGAAGCCAUUUUGCUGUUCUGAAUGUGGGAGACAGUUUUCACAAAGAGGCAGGCUAGUGAGCCACGAAAAAAUUCACACGGGGGAGAGUCUGCAUUGCUGUUCUCAGUGUGGCAAACAGUUUUUGCAUAUGUGUAACCUUAAGAAACACACCAGAGUUCACCUUUAGAGAAAUAGCUUCACGUGGUAAAGAAAUUCUGACAAGACCUCCAAAUGACAGUUGGGCUGGAUAUGUGUACCGAGGCAACGGUCAUUAACUGAAAAAUCAGAAAUGGUUGAAAGAUCAAGCUGGAUGAGGAGGGUAUCAUCAGAUAACUAAACUCAGGAGAAACAAAUAUUUGUGAGUAAAUGAAGUUUCAGAAAUAUAACCAUAAGGAAUUAAAGCAGAAAAUCAACAAAGAGGACGAGGUGUGACAAUUUAAUUCCUGGAAUGGACAUGUAGUGUCGCCCAUGAUGUAAUUGUACCGAAAUUGCCUGAAUCUUCAUCUUUGAAUAUGUUUGAACUAAUACGUGCAUAAAUUUCAAGCUGAUGGAGCUAGUUGUUAGUUAUCUAUUACCUUCACAACAGCUUUUUGAAUGUACACUUUGGCCUAAAAGUGAGUGAUUGAAAUUUAGAGCAACGUAUUCAUAUAAAAUUUUGUGUGAAAAAUCGGCAAAUGCACAACUGAAAUGUUACAACUGUUGCAAGUAGCUUAUGGUGAAAAUACUAUGAAAAAGUCGAGGGUGUUUGAUUGUGCUGAAAAGGAUGAAGAUAUUUUAAUAUAACUGAUAUCCAACAGAAAGUGACACAGCUGCUCAACAGUAUUCCCGAAAAUCAGUUCCAGGCCUGCUUCCAAAAAUGUGAGCACCGUUUGUCAGUGUAUAGAUGUACAAGGGGAGUACUUUAAAGGCAACAGUAGCUACUAGUGUACAGUUCCACAUGUAUAUUUAUUAAAGGUGCAUUCCGGGAAUUAAAUUGUCACACCUCGUACAUCUGUUGAACACAGGUGAUUCUCAGAACUUGCCUGGUAUCAUGCAAUAAAAUCCUGGUGAUGAACCAGCUUCCCAUUCCCAUCCUAUCUUACGGCUUUGGCAGCCCUGACUGGACAAUAUAAACUGGACAUAACAUGAGAACUUCUGCAUGCAUACCAGUCAAUAUACAAGAAUCAAGGCAUCCCUAGAAUGUACAUUUCGAGAUCUGAAGGAGACAUGGGGCUCAUCGAAAUGGAUGACUUAUUCAGGGCUACAAUCAUUGGACUUCAGACAUUCCUUCUCUACUCAACAUACCGGCAUAUUCAGAAGGUACUUUAACAUAAAGCAAACCAACCCAAAUCAACAUCAGUUUUAAGGCUUGACAGAGACCCCCCCAAUUUGCUUGGAUAUCGAAAACAAGAAUAGCAAAGGACCGAGCAGCAGAAGAGGAAGAGUACUUGGAAAGACCACAAAUAUAGACCACAGAAAAUAACAGAUGUCCUACUCUGGUCCUGUGUUGGCCAAAAAUAUGGCCUGAAAUUCAGUGUGAAAUUGCUUGGAUUUCACAGAGUUGGUAAUUCCCGCAAAAUAUUAUUUUUAAUGCUCCUUUUUUCCCCAUGUUUAUUUGGUAAGCACUCUUUCUUACAUCUUGCAAAGAAUAGGAAGCAUUUUUGUAAUCAUUAUUUUGUAAUAAUGUGAAGUUUGUUACUUGGGCAUUUAUUUUUCAUACAAUCCCCUCCACAAGUAAUAAUAAUUUUUUACAUUUAUAU